AUACUCACAGCCUCUACUUACCUUUGUCUCCUGAGUGCUGCGAUUAAAGGAGUGUGCCAUCAUUCCUGGCCCAAUGUUAAAUUUUAAUGCUGUUUAUCAUCUCAAAAGUAUGUAUUUUUCAUGUAGAAUUUCUAUGCCUCCAUUUCCACAUACUACACUUUUUUUUUUGCUUCAAAAUCUUAAUGUGUUUUAACUGGAUUAGAGGACAAUAAACCUCAUUGGAAUUAAAUAGAAACUUGUACUUUAAACUGCUAUAUUGCGACAGUCACUGAACUUCUAUUUGUUUUUCUCUCAGUUACAGGAGCAUGGAAGUGACAACCCGAUUGACAUGGAUAGAAGAAAAGAUACUGGAAAAUCUUCUUGGGAAAGCAUCUUUGACUCUUCUUUAUAAGUCUAGCGUUCAUGGGUCUAGCAUUUUCAGGAUGACUAAGACAUGUUCUCACCAGGGAGCCACCAUGACAGUAGUUCACCUGAAUGAAGAGGUUGUUGGGGUUUUUAUGCUGGAGUGUUUUUCCAGUUUACCUUCUGAAAAGCCACGUACUUGUGUUUGGUUUUCUUUUGAAAGGAAUAAUAGCCCUGGAAUAUCAGCUUUGUUUUUGGACACAGUAGUAACAGUCAGUAAUGAACAGCUGAAAUUUCUCUCACCGUAUGGUUUGUCACUCACUCUGGAUCCAAGCAAAUGCAAACUUCAUCUAAACAAUGCAGUAAUAAAAAUACUAGACCUUAAUGUUAAAAAUAUCUCUCAAUAUUUGGAAUGUGAAAUUUUUCGAGUUGAUGGCAUUAAGAAUGAUCCAGGCUUCAUAAAAAGGCUGGUGACUGCCAAACAGCACCGAAGAAAGCUUGUCUCUGCUCUCAGAGCCUACAGGCCCUAUGAAGACUUGGUCUCAGAAGCUCGUAUUCUCUUAGUGGGCCCAGUAGGUUCUGGAAAGUCCAGCUUUUUCAAUUCAGUGAAGUCUGUUUUCCAAGGCCACCUAGCUCGCCAGGCCAUCGUGGGGUCUGAUGAAAGCAGCAUUACUAAGCAGUACAGAAUAUAUUCUAUUAAAGAUGGAAAAAGUGGGAAAACACUCCCAUUUAUGCUGUGUGAUUCCAUGGGGCUGAGUGAGAGGGAAGAAGCAGGAUUGUGCAUAGACGACAUACCUCACAUCUUAAAGGGCUAUGUACCAGACAGGUACCAGUUCAACCCACAUGCGGCAAUUCAGGCGAAGCGCUUCACGCAUGUCACCUCUCCACCACUCAAGGACAGGAUUCGCUGUGUGGCUUUUGUCUUAGACAGCAACUCUGUCAACACCCUCUCUGAUAAAAUGGUGGCAAAGCUCAAAAAAAUUCAACAAGAUGCAGUAGACUGUGGUAUUGGACAUGUAGCCUUGCUUACAAAUGUGAAUGACUGUGAUAAAGUUCUUGAUGACAAUUUUCUAAACAUGACAGAAUGUGCGACUUCUCAAAGCCAGGUAAAGAAUGUCCAUACCAUGCUAAAUAUUCCUAUAUCUAAUAUCUUGAUGGUCAGAAAUUAUGCUUCAGAGAGAACGUUGGAGCCUAUGAUGGAUAUUCUGAUCUUGACUGCACUCAGGCAGAUGUUGCGGGUUGUGGAUGACGCCUUAGAAGACUUUCCCCUUGAGGACAAUGGUACUUUGGCUCCUCUCUAAAGGCUU